AUGUCCAAAAGACGACCCCAGGCAGAUGAUCUUGAGCAACCUCUAUUGAACGAUUCAACAACACCCGCUUCCAAUCGAAAUGGUCCAGCUUACAGUACUUUUCCUUCACAACAACAGCAACAACAGCAACCGACAUCAGUGACAACGGCUGUGGCUGGUCCAUCACCUAUCCAUCUUCGGAAACAGCCGAAUCGUACGACCAAGAUCUCUCAAAAGCUAAAGUUGUUUCCAGAGGAUGAGGAUCAACGACUUCCCGAAGAGCUCAAUGCCGAUGUGUAUACCCAACUUGCUCAAAUCCCCCAUGGCGAUGCACGCACCGAAGCUGAACACGUCAGUCGUAUGAACAAGGAAGAUUUGGCUCGUGUCACUGCAUACUGCACAGCAUCUGCUUAUCGUAUGGAGGAUCUGAUCAAGCAUCUCAAAUCUAAAAGUGCGACCAAUGGCGCAUCCCCGAAACGAUUUGAUGAAUGCAUUUAUACACCGUAUUCAGUGAAAUACCCAUUAUCUCCACCCAAUGGUCAAGGUGAACACCAGAAAACCAUGUUACCAGAAAUGUUUUUAUUCGAUUAUGGCGUCGUUGUCUUUUGGGGAAUGACAUUGCAAGAUGAACAAAGAGUACUCAAAGAAUUGGAUCCUUAUGAAGAUGCAAAAUUAGAUAUGGAUGAUGUCGAAGUGGAAGAAUUUCACUACUAUUACAAUGAGAAUUGUCAACCACGCGUGUACAAUGAUACAUUUACCUUACGCCAUCCAUCCAAUUAUCGAGUCAAGUUGACGAUUGCCCAUGCGAUUGCUCAGAGUGUGAAAAUGACCCUGUUUGAGAGAUUGGUGGACGACACGAUCAAUGAAACCAAGUACAUCCCCAAAGUCAUGGCCGAAAGUGGCACUUUUCACAUGUCAAGAACGGCCAUUACAAAAAAGAUUGGACAAUUGUUUAUUAUGCGGAUCAAUGUGAAUUUGGUCUCCAACAUCCUUGACACACCCGAAAUCUUCUGGUCAGAGCCUACCUUGGAACCCCUGUACAGUGCAAUACGAGGCUAUCUUGAAAUUUCACAGCGUGUGGAACUCUUAAAUCAGCGGGUCGAAGUCAUUAGCGAUUUACUGGAUAUGCUCAAGGAUCACUUGAAUAGCUCUCAUGGGGAAUAUCUCGAAUGGAUUGUGAUUUGGUUGAUUGCCAUGGAAAUUGUCGUUGCUGUCAUUACCACAUGUUUGGAUGCGUUUGCCCUUUCCCAUGAAUCGUAG